AUGGUCGACAUGGAGAGCCAUUACCACCCCCCUUCGCCCCUGGAGGACUCGGUGCUGGGCAGCCCCCUGUGCGCCGAUGAUGACUUCAUGGGUGGCAUGGAGGAGCUCCAGGACAUCUCUCAGUCCAUCGACAAUGAUGCCCUCACUUCCUUUGAUGUUCCUGAAUACCAGCCCUCCAGCAACGGGUCAGAAGGCUCCACAGUUCUAGAUGCCCUCACCCCAGCAUCCAGCCCGUCAUCGGUUGUUUACGGCAUGGCAACGGGUCAAGAAGAGUUCUCAUCUUCCACCUCAUCGCUUAAUCUGGAGUGUCGAGUAUGUGCUGACCGUGCCUCAGGCUACCACUACGGCGUCCACGCCUGUGAAGGCUGCAAGGGGUUUUUUCGGAGGACCAUUCGUCUGAAGCUGGAGUAUGACAAGUGUGAGCGCCGCUGCAAGAUUCAAAAGAAAAACCGCAACAAGUGCCAAUACUGCCGCUUCCAGAAGUGCCUGUCAGUGGGCAUGUCCCACAAUGCCAUCCGUUUUGGUCGGAUGCCCCAGUCAGAGAAGCUGAAACUAAAGGCAGAGAUGGUGACAGGAGAAAAGGAGGUGGAAAACCCCCAGCUAGCUGACCAGAAGACCCUGGCCAGGCAGAUUUAUGAGGCCUAUCUGAAGAACUUCAACAUGAACAAGGCCAAGGCUCGGACCAUCCUCACCGGCAAGACCAGCACUCCUCCUUUUGUCAUCCAUGACAUGGAGACCCUCCAGCUGGCAGAGCAGACGCUGGUGGCCAAGAUGGUCGGUUCUGCAGGAAUGCUCAAAGACAGGGAGGCAGAGGUUCGGAUUUUUCAUUGCUGCCAAUGCACCUCAGUGGAAACGGUCACCGAGCUCACUGAAUUUGCCAAGUCCGUCCCCGGAUUCUCAAACCUGGAUCUCAAUGAUCAGGUGACUCUUUUGAAAUAUGGUGUGUACGAGGCUCUCUUCGCCAUGCUGGCCUCCUGUAUGAACAAGGACGGGCUUCUUGUAGCGUACGGUUCAGGCUUCAUCACUCGAGAAUUCCUCAAAAGCCUGCGGCGACCGUUCAGUGACAUGAUGGAGCCAAAGUUCCAGUUUGCCAUGAAGUUUAAUGCACUGGAACUAGAUGACAGUGACCUGGCGCUAUUUGUGGCUGCUAUCAUCUGCUGUGGAGACCGGCCAGGCCUGGUGAACGUGGCCCAUAUCGAGCGAAUGCAAGAGAGCAUUGUGCAGGUGCUACAUCUCCAUCUGCUGGCCAAUCAUCCCGACGACACCUUCCUCUUUCCGAAGCUGCUGCAGAAACUGGCUGACCUUCGGCAGCUGGUCACCGAGCACGCACAGCUAGUGCAGGAAAUUAAAAAGACAGAGGACACCUCAUUGCAUCCACUCCUACAGGAGAUCUACAGAGACAUGUACUGAGGAUUGUGGAGGAGAAACCAGUAGAGGCUCUCUACUGUCAUCUCCUGUUUUUCAGGGACAAAAGAAGAAGAAAAGUUCUCCAUAAGCUAGGGUUGAACCACUUAAACCUCCCCUUAAAGCAGCAAGAGUUACCUUUAGUUUCUAGUCAGCACAAAAGGUCCUGCAGUAGGUCGGCCCAGUCGAGAAACUGAUGGUGCUCUUGGUUUGAAACAGUGCUCUCCACUCCAGUGUGUGGACCGUUUGCAAAGAUGUCAUGUACAAGCUAUUGACCGGCCAUAUAAACACAAUUUAUGCAAUAUCUGGCUUGGGUAAAAGGUGGUGAUCUCUGUAACGACCGAUAUCCAAGCCUGUAACAUGACCUGAAAUGAGAAAAGAUCAUAAAUUUGACAGCCACCAGUCCAACAGUAUAAGUGAAAGAUGAUUUAUGUUUUUGGGGGGCAUUUCUAUGCCUUUUAUUGAGAGUGAGAGUGGAGAGAGACCAGAAAUGUGGGAAAGAGAGUGGGGGAAUGACAUGCAGCAAAUGGUCCGAGCAGCCAGGAACCAAACUGGGGCUUCGGGGCAUUUCUACACAUGUGGUAUACGUCCUAACUACUCGGCUCCUCCUGAAAGAACAUUUUUGUAACUGAUGUCAAAGAGCCAUACUGUACACAAUACCCUCACAGUCAACAACACCCAAGUGACUUCAGUGACAGCACCAACAACUACAUUACAAGUAAUAAUACUUUUCUAGCGAGGCAGUUUUGCCAAAUUGGCUAAAGGAUGGUGAUGGUCAUCUAUGCCGUCCUCCAGUAUUUUACAUUGUUUUAUACUCAGACAAACACUUUGGUGUCACCAGUUACUGUUUUUUGUUCUGUGCUUUCAAGCCAUACUUUGUACUGAUGAAUACUGGAAACAAAUUUAUGUCCUUUACUCUCUUUUUUUUUUCCUAACAAGGCAGCAUGAAGGCGUGACUUAGAUCAUUUUAUGACUCAACAAAUUCCCAAGAAAUCUACAGACAAUAGUAUAUAUGGAAAUCUCAACAUAACGUAGCAAAUUGUAUCUUUGAAGGGAAUUUGAAGUUGUUGAAGACUGAGACGACCACACGGAGAGAUUCACUGUGUAAAAGCAACACAAUGCACAUUUGAAGCACUAACAGCCUGUGAUAUGUAAUACAAGUUUGUUUUUUCUUUUUUUUUUUUUUAUAUAUAUAUAUACUGGACCUCUGUUAAAUGCCUUUUUCACAGAACAUUUGCACAGACAUUUGGCACUCCAUCCAGUUUUGUGUCCUGGUAUUUAAGGGCUAACAAAGAGGUAAACCACAUUUUUGCAGGCGCACUCGAAUCUCAUUUGCUGUAAAUCAUUCAUCUGUUUUUUAAUUUCUCACUCACAUAAAGCUCUUGUCAUCACCAUGACCUUUCCUGUGGUUUUUCAGAGUUACUCAUCUCUAUCUGCUCUUUGGUUUUGGUAGUAUUCCUGCCUUCACUACUCUAUCGCUGCCUCUGUUCUCAUUACAUGCAUUUGAUUAAGAUUCAGGAGUUUUGUGUACAACUUCUUAAAUGGUGGCAAAUCAAAAAUAUAUUACAUAAAAGAUUAAGGAAUAGGUUUACGAUUUUUCAGACAACAGGGUUCAUGUAAUCAUUCCUUCUACUGGUUAUUUCUCUCUUAUUGAGUGAAAACAAAAUCAGAUUAUGUAUCUGUAUGUAACUAUUACAAACAUACACUUUCAUUACUGAAUUUCUAGUUUUUGUAACUAUAAUAUGGACACAAAGAGGAAAUCUUAUACUAACAACUGAAAAUUUAAGAUAAUUUCCUAUUAUUUUCUAUAUAAUAAAAGGUUCCGACUGCAUUUUUUUUCACAUUACUGGGACUGUGACACCCAGCAACUACAUUAAAAGCCUAUUAAGAAUACAUAAUGAUCUUUUAAUUUCCAGUAUCAACACUAGAAAUGAUUACACGAAACAAAACCUAGACCACACCUACAAUGCAGACUGUACAUAUUUUUACAUGGUAUGUUUUGGAAAUUCUCGUCUUUUGUUUAGGAUGACAACAGUGCAUAUGAAAAUGCCACUCCUGGAUUUUCUAAUCAUGCUGCCUUUUAAAGAAAACUGAUUCAGAAGACUUUGCGUUAAGGGAAUGUUGUUGAGGAAAUGAUGAAAACGUGCAUGUCUGAAAAGUAUUGGAUAAUAUACAGCUUAUAUAUGAAUUGCGAGAGAAUGCUUCCCCCCCCCUCCAUCUGCUUGUGCAACCAAAAUCAUCUAAAAACAUUAUGAGUUUGUUGAAAUUCAGUCACAUGAAACAGACUUUGUGCUUAAAAUCGUAUCACAUUGUGCAAACACGUGUACUGUACAUAGUUGAACUGAUCAUAUUGACUGCUUGCCCCAACUUUUAACUCUUGAGGUAUACAAGGUUCUAAUGAUGAUCAACUUUGCGUACUUCUGUUUGGUAAAUACAUUUAAAUAUAUUAAAUUGUAAAUGUAGUUAUGUACUGUAUCUUUGCUCACAUGCCACAUGAUUGUGUUUUAAUGUAAUUGGAUGAUAUUUUUAUACUAAAGUAUAUAUAUAUGUAUGACUAAAUCUGAUAAAUGUUUAUUUGAAAUGGCAUUGCCAAGUGCAGUGUAAAUAGAUAGCUUAGGGUAACAGGGCGACUGGUAAUCUAAAUAUCCAUAUAUCUGAAUCCUGUUAGGGACAGUCCUUUUUAAUAAUUGCUUUUUAGAGAAAACCAUCAUGGCUGCGGUAGAUACUUAAUUUCAACUCUGUAUAUCUUUUCAUUUAUUGCUCCCACAUCUGCUUAAUUCAACAGAAUGUGAUUUUAACAGAAAACAUAUGUGCAGUUCAUUAAAAGUUUGUGAUUUUUGGAUACAAACUACAUUUAUCACGUAAAUUUUAGUAGAAGGAUCAAGCUACAGCUCGGCAUUGAUCAUACGAUACUGCCCUCCUCUUUUUAUACUCUGUUCUCAGGUUGCAAAUGAUGAAACAAAUAGGGUAAUAUAUGCAUGGAUUUUAUCCUUAUCAAAAGAAAUGCUCCACAGUUGCCUGCUUAUAUUGACUGUAUUUUAACCAGUUGACUUGCUUUUAAUGCCAUUACAUCACAUGCUAUUACAGUAAAGAGUUGCAGUAGGCAAAAUGCAGUAUAUAUGUUUUAUAAUCCUGUUUUGUAAUGCUUUUGUUUCUGACUUUCCUCACUCGCUGCUAUAUUAGCCUAACCCACCAAACACUCUUAACGCCAUGAAUAGAUUACUGAACUUCAAGCUGCCUCUACACACUUACUGUAUCUUACAGAAUGUCAGAAUCAAUUCAGUGCAGAUCACCUCUUCCUCUUGCAGUUUCCUGGGACUUGGAUGUCCCUUUUGGAAGUACUCUUGAGGAUUUAACCACAAACAGUCUGUGCCUUAGCGUGUGCCCAUGCCAUAAGACUCUAGAGAUCCAUAAAAGACUUGAUAUAAACACUUUUAGGAUCAUAUGCUGUCAGUAUCUGCCGUUUUCUGACACAAAAGGGCCACGCAGACAGAAAGAUGUCACAGAAAAUUUGGGUAAAUUAUUCUAUAUAUAUAAUACAUGGAAGGUAGAGGCUGAUAAUUGCUUUUGCAGUAUCAUUUCACUGUACGAACAAUUAACACACAAAGUGGUUUAAAACAACAGAGCCAGGCCCGAAAAGACAAGUCGAGUAAAUUAAUAAUGUCUGCGUACCCUUAGGAAUGUCUGUUUUAUGUUGAAUUGACAAGGGACUCUAUAACAUGUAUCAGGGAAACCUAGUCUUCCUUUGUUGAACUAGCUCAGGACAUAGAAAGGUACUGUUCUUCCUUGUUUCUUUGUAUUUCUGUCUCUGGAAAGAAGUUCUUGUGCUCUGCCUUACAGCACACAUACAUUGAUGACAAUAUUAAUGAAUACAUCGUAUAUUUUAUUUCUAUUUCCCCAAAACUGUCAUAAAUAAAUUUCCGGGGCAGCAGUCAGGAAGUAGAUGUUUGAUUUUUUUCGUCCUCUCCUUGAUUUUAUGGAGUUUGUUUUUGUGACUAUAGUGUCAUGUUAAAAGACAACAAAGACUGUCUUUGGAUGUGCUGUUCAUGUGUAUUGUGGCUUGGUAACAAUACUGUAAAUGUGUGAUGAAUGUAUAUCUAGUCAUUUUAAAAUGAAACAAGUUGACAUAGAAUGGAUUUCAAAAUAAAUCUAUUUGAAAAUCCAG